UUUAUAAACUCCGGCGCGCUCCUCCGUGGGUCAGUGCGCCCGAGCUCGCCAAGCCGACACAGUCCCACGAUGCGUGCCCUGGUCCUGCUCGUCCUCGCCGUGGUCGCCGCCGUGGCCGCCGCGCCCAAGAACCUGCCAAGCACAUGGAAAAAGUGUGACAGGAAGGACCCGCUCUUCAACGCGUGUCUGCGUGAGGCUAUCCAUGUGGCGAUUCGCGAGCUCAGUGACAAGGGCGCGAAGGAGCUGGGCGUGUUUCCCAUUGACCCCCUGCGGCUGACCCGCGUGGACAUCGCGCAGGGCACGGGGCCCGUGUCCAUCGACCUCCACUUCACCGACCUGGACAUCUACGGCCUCAAGAGCACCGAGCUGGACAGCGUCGUUGGCGAUUUGGACAAGAUCCACUACCACGCGUUCGCGCACAUCCCCCAGGGCAUCACCCUGAAGGGCCAGUACAAGAUCGACGGCAAGGUGCUGGUGCUGCCCAUCAAGGGAGAGGGCCCCUGCGAGCUGCAUCUGGAGAACGCGACGGCCCUGGUUGACAUCCUCGGGGUGCCGGUCAAGAAGGACGGCGUCACGCACGGCAACAUCACGGACUUCAUGUUCACGUUCAACACGACGCGCCUGCGAAUCAGGCUGGACAACCUGUUCAACGGCAACCAGGACCUCAGUAACAACAUGAACGUGUUCUUGAACGAAAACUGGAUGGACAUCUUGAACGAACUGAAGCCCGCAAUCCAGGACGCCUUCGGCGCUGCGUUCAAAGAGAUCACCAGCCGCAUCUACUCCAGAGUGCCCUACGACAAGCUCUACGCCUAGUUCCUAGGCGUACAGAACUUUCUUCACUCUUCAGUGUCUCACGAACCACCCAAACUGUAAUUUAACGCGUGCCUUAGAUAAUUGAAAAGAAUAAACAAAAGACUCGAAAACUUA